AUGGACAGGACUCAAACUCAGCUGGUCGUCAUAUUGGCAGCUAUCACUGCAGGUUUGGUUGUGACUUUCGAGUACCUGCGGUGGUAUCAUUCGCGGCUGAAGACUCAACCAGUGUCCUUAGUUGCGCAGACUGCAGCAAAGACUGCCCAAGUUACAGUCCAUCCUAGAAAGCAAGAGGAAAGCGCUCGGCAGUCUCAGGUCGAUACCUCCACUAUUCAGUCCGUUGUGGAAACCACAGUAGAGACUCACACCGAAAAGCUCAAGGAGAGUAGUCAGGAGUCACAGAACGAUAGUUCCGCCAAACCGCCCGUCGCCGAGACCACAACACAGCCUCUUGGGGUCCCAUGGGACUGCAACCAGGGAUCUCAGACGGAUAUCUCGGCAAACGGGCCUUCGAUGAUUUCUCGAAACAAGGAGAACCGAACCAUACUCGAGGCCCGUCUCAUCAAGGCAGGGUUUUACGUCCACUGCUCCUGUGACUCGCACACAAAGGAGCUUUACUUCAACUGGCCUUACUCAUGCUCGGCCAAGCACCACGAAGACGACAUCGUCCUUCAACCCAAUUCACGACCUACCCUACUCCACGAGUAUGAAGAUGGCGCUUACGAAAGCCUGUCGCUGGCAAACCGCACCAUCGAGUACUUCUCCCGCCCAGAAUCUACCAUGGACUCCGACAAAUUGCUGCCCUUGCUCAAUGGCGAGGAAGCAGCGAGCUUUUUGACAGAUUGGUCAGUCUCCCAACUUAACGAAAUCUUCUUCUUCGGCGCAACCAAGGACCUCGAAACUGUCUGGAACGCCAAGGAGCUAGAUGAUGAUGACACUCUAGCGGACGUGAGAGUAGAACUCAAAGACGGCCAGAGUCACUCACUCAUCCGUCUUCAUCCAACACGUCGCUGCUACACACAAUUAGAGUACAAACGACAAGGCAAGACCUUGACGGAAGAACGCAUGGGGUGUAUCCUACACGAGAUGCUACAUAUUUUCUUGACGCAACAUGCAUGUCACCAGUAUAUGACACGGGAGAGUUGGGCUUCCCAUGGAAGAGGGUGGCAGCGGAUUACAAAGAAGAUUGAGGAUCAGAGCUUGGGUCCGUUGGGUAUCGAGGCGGAUAUGGGCCGACUGACAAGCUUUUUGGUGGAUUGGGAGGAGGAUGGGGUUAGGGUUAGUCUUUGCGAUGUAGGGGCUUGUGGGUUUUGGGGAGGGCUUGGAUAG